AUGAAGGUAAGAAAGCGAAUGUAUAAAAGAGGAAAUCAGAAACCAAGUGUAAUGGAUAAGUCGUUAAUUAGUAAACUAACAGAUCGAAAUAACAAGGAGGCUCAUUUAAGCGAAUUAUUUCAAGAUAAUAAUGGCUCUCUUGGUGAUAACAUUCCCAAUCAUGACGAUGCCUUACUGAAUACAUUGACAAUAUUGCAGCAAGAACUGAAAAGUAAAGAGCAAGAAAUACGUAAAUUAAGAGAAGUUAUUGGUUUAAAGAAUAAGAAUGCUGAGAGGUUGAAUGAUGAACUGAUUAGUGGAACCAUUGAAAAUAAUGUUUUACAACAGAAGCUCUCUGAUCUUAAAACGGAACAUUCCAAGCUAGUUGCCAAAUUUUUCAAAAAGACAGAAAAAGAGACAAAUGUUAUGAAUACCGAAAAAGAGAGGAGAGACUAA